AUGGCAUUCCCUAGCUCUGGUAGCUCUCCUGGGUCCAUGACUCCCUCUGGCCGGAGAUCUAUGUUUUUGACGUCAACUCCACGGACACCCAGCCAGCAGCCCAGCUUGACAUUUUCACAAACGACGCCUGGAAGUGCAAAGUCCGAUAUUAGCACCUUUGUUGUCCCACCGGGAUUUCACUCUCAUUAUCGACGCCGACAGAAGCAGAAGAAGCAAUCUGGUGAUGCGUUCAGAAUUCCUCCUGCUAAUCACCAGUCUGUCAAGGACACCAUCAUCAUCGACUCCGGUGGUGGUGCUUUGGUCGGUGAGCUUGAUCCUAUGGAUGAAAAUAACUGGGAGGACCAGGAGAACGAAGCGGAAGACGACCAACAGACGGACCCAUUUGGACCUGUAAGGAAGCCGCUGCCUAAAAAGAAAUAUACCCAAAAGAGGUCGACGCGCCUCCAUCGCAUUGCUGUUGCUCCUUCGGAGAAGGUUGAGGCAGCCCGUCCUGUGAAGACACCUCGUAAGCGCAGACCUGUCAAGACCGAUGAAUUAGAGUCAACUACGAACCAGAAUAAGAACGAGCCUGCGGUCAAUCAGGAGGAGAAUUCAAACACCACUGAAGCACCUGCUGUAUCUGCAAAUGAGCCUGGGGUGAGCGGUAUUACUAGCAAGGCCAAACCAAGCAACACAGAGGAGUCAGUUCCGUUCGGAUGGGCCAACUCUAAUAGACCAAUGGUGAAGAGCGAUAGGCGGGCGCCAGGUGUUGGACAAGGACGAGCAGGACCUAAACGGGCUGUACCCAGCAAGUAUGGCGGAUCUGGCAGUGAUGGCAAUUUUGUGGCCUAUAAUCUGCAAAGAGGAGGGUUUAGGAAAGGCGGUGCUCGUGGUCGACCACGGUUUGGCGGCUCCAAGUUUGGAAGUUAUGGUGCAGGAGGUCCCGGAAGCGGACGGACGUUGUUUGAUAACGAAAGCUGGAGAACCGAAUUCGACAAUGAUUUCAACGAUGCUACGCUGGCGAUGAAUAUUGUGGAUGGUGAUAUGGAAAUCGAGGGUGAUGAUGACCACCUUGGCGACAUGCCAUGGUACGGCAAUGUAAAUGAUAUUACGGACCCAUAUGUUGUUACUGUAUCGUCGAGAUAUCUGAAGGCACAGGUCGGAGAUGUGGACGAUCCCGAGGAAUACGUCAAGGCCCUGGAGUUACAGAGUCACGGAGAUAGUAAUGAUGCGGGGUGGGGGGAGGAAACUGAGGCAGUCAGAGUGAAUCUGGAGCACAUUUUGAAGAAGGUGUGGGGGUACCCCUCUUUCAGAGAUGGGCAACUGGACUCGAUCAAGAGGGCCCUGAACUACAAGUCAUCUCUGCUUGUUCUGCCAACAGGCAGCGGCAAGUCGCUUUCGUAUCAGCUCCCUGCUUACAUUUUUUCCAAGCUGGGCAUUCCAAGUUUGACACUGGUUAUCUCACCCAUGAUUUCGCUCAUGUACGAUCAAGUCAGACCUGCCUAUCUGCUCCUGAACCACGUCCUCAAAACCGAUCUCAAGUCGCCGUGCGUCCUUGGGCUGACUGGAACUGCGACUGAGGGGACCAAGGACUCGAUUUGCGCUAUGUUGGAUAUCGAUCGAGCGACAGGCGUCCUUUCAGGACCGGUGAUCCGUGAAAAUCUUGCCAUGACGGUGUCGCUCGAGACGGAUCGUGAGACGGCAUUGCUUCACCUUCUUCAGUCGCCUCGCUUUGCAUCCAUGGGCUCAAUCCUGAUAUAUGUUAUGAAGCAGAUACAGGCGGAUGCAUUGGCAGCAUUCUUGCGGGUGCGAAAUUUCAGCACGGAGAGCUAUCAUGCUGGUAAAUCCUCCCAGGAUAGGCAAAGGAUUCAGCAGCGGUUUAUGAAUGAAGGUCCACAGAAGGGAGUCAUUGCUGGUGGGACACUGGGAUCCAACACGGCUUCGGGCGCCUCACCAAGCGGCAUCAGGAUUUUGGUCGCCACUAUUGCGUUCGGACUGGGCCUUAACAAGUCGAAUAUCCGCAGUGUGAUUCAUUAUUGCAUGCCCAAGUCACUCGAAAACUAUGUUCAGGAGAUUGGGCGAUCGGGUCGUGAUGGCGAAAAGGCUUACUGUCAUAUGUUUUUGAAUCAGGACGACUAUCUCCGCCUGCGGAGUUUGGCCUAUGCGGAUGGCAUGGACUGGGGCACUGUCUUGCGCCUAGUCAAGAAGUUAUUCUCAAGGAAGGGCAUCGCGGAUCCCUUGUCAAUGCAGUCAGGAAAAGGAAGCUCGACCAAAGCAGUUAGUAAGAAACGACGGGGUAUUGGCAACAAAGGAGCUGACGGGAAUCGCCCAGGCAACGAUGAGAAUGGAUCCGAGGACGGAGCACUCUCUCCAGGCGCUAAGAAGAGGAAGCAGAAUGAUCGGCAACCCCUGAGCGUCAAGAUGGGAAAGGCAGGCAACAAGGCCGAAUCCAAGCAGCAGAGUCUUAUCUUGUCUACAGCGAGUAUCCUGGUCAUCCCACCUGCUGCAGGCAUGGUUUUACCGGACAAGAGCAAUGUACUCCAUCCCAGGCGCGUUGUGGUGGUGCGCGAGGAGUUGGCUGAAGAAGAAUUUGAUAUCAAGAAGGAGGUCCUUGCAACUUUACUAAGCUACAUCGAGCUGGAUCCAUCUCGUCCCAUCAAAGUUGUGGGCUCGAUUUCCGCCAAAUGUACGGUCAAGUUCCUUCAGACGUCCGAGGCACUCUCAGAGCUAGCUGACAAGAUUCCUCUUGUCGACAUCAUUUUAAAGCAAGGCGUGCUCACAGGACAUAAUUCAAACAGCGGAUCAUCAUAUGGAAAGGGUCGCAGGGGUAACAUGACGGGGCUCGCAGGAACGACACUUUCGAUGGCAUAUUGCUGUGACACGAUGUCCCUGUGUCAGCAGAGCGAUAUGAACUAUUCGGAGCUGCUUCAGGAAUUGCAACUGUGGAAGCGCAAGAAGUGGGCUGUUUUUGAGAUGACGGACCCAGGGUUGUGCGUCGAGAUUUUGAAGGAGGCUGGGGAUUGCAUGGUGGAGUAUCGACAGCAGAAGCGGGAGCAGCAACGGCGAGAAGCCCAACGAAGACGCAAGGGUCAUCGUCGUUCAGGACCAGAUAUGGAUAUGGAUGUCGACGAGGCCCAGGGUCGAUAUUCCAUCUCGCCAACUGGCAGCGAGGAUGAACAGGAGCGUGAUGCGAACGCAUACGAGAAGGAUCAUGACGACUUUAUUGUUGCCUUGGCAGAUCGGCUGUAUCAGAAGUUGUGCGCGGUCGAACGAGUAGGUGUUGCAAAGGUGGAUCAAGUAUACACGUUGUUCCAAUCUGUGGCGACUCCGACUUGGCAGCAGCAGGAGGUUUACAGGCCGAAGAUCCAGGACAUUGGUAACGAUGAUCAGAACGAGGAAGCAAGCGAGGACGCAAACGAGGGUGAUGAGAGCAGCGAAUAUGACGAGGACGUGGAUCCGGAGUAUAUUCAGAUGAGAGCCAGGAUGAAAGCGCGAGCCCGAUCAAGUCAGAACGGAGUCAGCAAGUCAGAGAUAAUCCUACGCCAAGGUAUCCAGGACUACUUUGCGAAACAUUCGGGCGAGGGAAUCGGCGGGCCAUCUGCGGCGGAGGACUUUUUCUCGCAUAUUAAGGAUUCCACCACCACUUUGUCUUCUGUGGCGGAUAAGACAAUGCGAUUGUACAGCUACGAGAAUGCGAUCGUGACGAACCUGCAGCGCAAGUGGAAAUCUGCAGUUGAGGUCGAUCUGAAGGUGUUUUUGAGCCAGCAAUGGCAACUUCAACAGCAGCAGAACCAAACUAUGUCCGAAUAUGGCGGUGCUGCAGGAAAAACAAAUGAGUUGUCUCCGAGGGCGGUCAGUCGCAUUUUCCAUGGAAUCUCGAGUCCAUGUUACCCUGCACUGGAGUGGUCGCGGCACCGAUAUUGGGCAAAGAUACCCGGCUCGAAGCUCCAAUACCUCAAGAGUCGCGGUGUGGGCCAGCAAAUUGUCCAACGUGGAGGCGUUCAAGCUCCGAGGCAGGCCCAAAGAGACGGACCUUAG